CUUGCACCAGCUCCGAGUCAUUGGGGGAGCGCUGAUUUCAAGUGUGAAACGUCCUUACGUGCGUGCUUCCGAGCUGGUGAUAUCAGGUGGAGAUUUCUUGUCCUGAGACCGAAAUGAAUGGAGAUUCAUUAAACAAAGGGCUCCAGUCAGUAUUCCGUACCUGGAGACGCAUCCAGGGACCUUUCAUUCUUUCGCUGAAAGGGAGACGGUGCCAUUUCCAUUACAGAAAUGCCUGCAAGAACCAGCGCUGAAGAGCUGAAAGCGGAGAAAGCCAGAGAGGGGAGCCGUGUCAGCUGAUCAGCUUUCAAAUCGCCUUCAAACACUCAUUUUUCUUAACAUGAUCCCGCCAUCAAUGGAGUCUCCAGAGCACGCCUUAGGAACGUUAACAGGAAAAGAAUAAAAUGGAGCCAAAUGGUAUUGUGAUUUGCUUUGAGAAAUACCUCGUUUUCUUAGCACAAAACGGGAACUGAAAAAUAGACUUUCCAUCCCUACCCCAGCCCCUUUGGACUUUAUAGAAUUCUAAAAUAUUUUUGUAUGAGUUCAGUAUGCAGUCCCGUUCUGCUUUAGUGGCUACUUAUUGAUCCCAAAAUAAUACCAGGGGAGAAUACUUCAGCAGCUGAACCAGCGCAGCAGGACGGCUGACAAAAGGCCAUUGUCCUCCCUUUCCCACUUAUCUUAUAUCAGCUGGUUUUGACCCAAUCUUGUGCACUUGAAGAGAGAGUGGCGAGACUAGAGUUGCUGUCUUUGCUCUGCGACUUCCCACCCAACACAAGGCGAGUAAUGAAGGCGCUAUGGCCAAAUUACUGGUAAAGUUCCAGCGUUAUUUUAGGCGGAAACCCGUGCGCUUCUUCACUCUGAUCGCACUGUACCUGACGGCCGGGAGCCUGGUGUUUCUGCACUCUGGGUUUGCGGGGGAGCCCACCAUCUCAGAGAAUGAACCCAACCCCCUGGAUGGCACCAGCGAAGGGGCAGCAUUUCAGUACCUGGGGGUGGUUCAGCUCGGGAGGGGGUUCAAGGAGACCCCGGAGGCUCGGAAUUCUGCCCGGAGGUAUGGGCCGUGGUUCAAGAGCGUUUCCAAGGAUACGCCCGAGAGGAACAAAAUGGGGGACUAUGGCGGGGCCUGGAGCAGAGCUCUCAAAGGGAGGAAGGUCCGUGAGAAAGAGGAGGACAGAGCAAAAUACAUUGGUUGCUACGUGGACAACACUCGCCGUCGGGCGCUGCGUGGCGUGUCCUUCUUCGACUACAAAAAGAUGACAGUGUUCCGUUGCCAGGACAACUGUGCCGAACGGGGUUACUUGUACGCCGGGUUGGAGUUCGGUGCAGAAUGUUACUGUGGACACAAAAUCCAGGCCUUAAAUGUGAGCGAGUCUGAAUGUAACAUGGAGUGCAAGGGAGAGAAGAGCAACAUCUGCGGAGGUGUGAACCGUCUCUCCAUUUACCGGCUGGAGCUGGCCCAGGAGUCCGCCAGGAGAUAUGGCAGCGCGAUAUUCCGCGGAUGCUUCCACCGGCCGGACAACGUCUCCUUAGCUUUGCCUGUGACGGGGGUGAUGCUGAACAUGUCUGUGGACAAGUGUGUGGACUUCUGCACUGAAAAGGAAUACCCGCUGGCAGCCCUGGGGGGGGCCUCCUGCCACUGCGGCUUCCCCACCACGCUCUUCACCCUCCACGAGCGCGAGGACGAGCAACUGUGCGCCCAGAAGUGCGGCGGCGAGGAGUUUGAGAGCUGCGGGACCUCCGAGUACUUCAUCGUGUACCAGACGCAGGUGCAAGACAAUCGUUGUAUGGAUAGAAGGUUUUUACCAGCUCGGUCGAAACAGUUUAUAGCUCUGGCAAGCUUUCCCGGGGCGGGCAACACUUGGGCGCGCCAUCUCAUCGAGCUCGCUACGGGUUUCUACACUGGGAGCUAUUACUUCGAUGGAUCGCUCUACAACAAAGGGUUCAAAGGUGAAAGGGAUCACUGGCGAAGUGGAAGGACAAUCUGCAUCAAAACCCACGAAAGUGGCCAGAAGGAAAUCGAGGCCUUUGACUCAGCCAUACUGCUCAUCCGGAACCCAUACAAAGCCCUGAUGGCUGAAUUCAAUCGCAAGUACGGCGGUCACAUCGGGUUCGCUUCUCACGCACAUUGGAAAGGCAAAGAAUGGCCAGAGUUCGUCAAAAAUUACGCCCCCUGGUGGGCCACUCACACCCUGGACUGGUUGAAGUAUGGCAAAAACGUCCUUGUGGUGCACUUUGAGGACCUGAAGCGAGAUCUCUUUGUCCAACUGAAGAGGAUGGUGAGCCUCCUGGGCACCAGGGUGUUUGAGGACAGACUCUUGUGUGUCGAGGGCCAAAAAGACGGAAACUUUAAGCGCUCCGGGCUGAGGAAACUGGAAUAUGACCCCUACACGCCCGAGAUGAGAAAAACGAUCAGCACUUACAUUAAAACUGUGGACAUGGCUCUGAAACUCAGAAACCUCACAGGGGUCCCAGAUGACUAUUAUCCGAGAUGAUGAAGAUGACAUUCGGGGGAACUGACUCUAACCAGAACAGAAAGGCUUGGUUUUCCCAGCCAGUACCUAGUUCCACCCAGUGGGUGGCUUUCUUUGAAUUAUCCAUCUGCUGCUAUUAGCUGUUAAUGAAUUCCCUGCAUGAGAAAAAAGAAUGGUCACCAGUCAUUGCUGAGAAGAUGCCUUGGCAAACACAUCAACGAGUCUAAAUUCUUUGGGGAUUGUGCCGUUGUGAAUUGGCGUUUGCGACAUGAAAACCUUCACCGCUGCUGUCUUUACCGUUUUCUCUCUCCUGUCGUGUGGGGUGCGUUUUCCGUUCUCUGUCAGACUUUACAAAGUGGUGAACAAUGCUCAGAAAUGGCGGGAAGGAGAAGCAGGCUCCGAUUUCCAGUCUGAAACGGGGCUGAACAGAGACAUGGCAUUUAAAAUUUGAUCUGAUGUUAUUUACGGUGAUCCAUUCAUUCCUAAUAACGUAACUCUUUAUUUAUAACCUUCCUUGGGGCUUGGGGGUAAUGCUAGCGCUGGAGAUUAACUGUAAAACUCACUGUGCAUUUCUUGGGCCUAAUUCAGCUCGCAGGCCCUGACCCAGCAAGGCGCUUUAGCACAUAUUUAGCUGAAGCAUGGCUUCUUAACCUGGGGGUCAUGAACCCUGAGUGUCAGGGGUCACAACCUCCUUGAUUUUCUUAGAUCACUAAGUAGGAGGGAAGUCCUGACUGAAUGGGAUGGGCAUCGGAGGGAGAGGAGUAUGGAAGAGGCUGAGAACCAUGGACUUCAGGCACCUGCUUAACUGUAUCAGAGGGGUAGCCGUGUUAGUCUGAAUCUGUAAAAAGCAACAGAGGGUCCUGUGGCACCUUU